GAGAUUUAAGUGCAGGCUUUUGCUCAAGGAGAGGUAACAGGGUCUCCUCUACGUGAGUGUGGGAGGAUUAGGUCUGCGCAGCACACUGCUCCUAUGCUGUAGCAGAAUUUGCGGGUGCCUGUGGGAGUGGAAGCCACUGAAACUAUAGAAGAAAAACUCAGAAUUGGGCUCCAAGUACAUAGUCUCCGUUUCUGAAAAGCUCCUGACACAAAAAACUAGGAAGUUUUGUGUUCUGCAUUCCAAAGUCCUGCCUACCAGUGAGCACUUUUCUUUUGAAGACGUUCUGUUGGUGCCUUUAAGGGCAUUUUCUCCUAAUGAAUGUGUGAUUUGUUCACAGAUACCUUCUGAGAAAGAAAUCUAGAGGACAAGGGGAAAGAAGAAGAAAUGGCCAGCUCUCAGGAGACUGUGUCCACAGGGUGUUUUGCCAGAAGUAAAAGUUAAAAUAGAAAAAAGAGGCUAAGUAAAAUGAGGAAUAUGGUCAGUGGGUACAUGCAGAGACUGCUGACCUUCAGAGAUGUGGCAAUAGAAUUCUCUCAGGAGGAGUGGGGAUGCCUGAAUCACAGUCAGAGGGAACUGUACAUGGAUGUGAUGUUAGAGACCUAUGGACACCUCCUUUUCUUGGGUCUUGUGUCAAAACCAGACCUGGUCAUUGUUUUGGAACAAGAGAAGGAGCUGUGGGGUGUGAAGAGAAAGGAGACAGUAGCCUUACACCCAGAGGGAAGACUUUUCUCACAGUGUUGCCAUGGAGUGUCAGGGAGGGUGAGCAGCUGUUGUAGGCAAGUGUCCUACACGUUCUUUGUUUUUUCAAUGUGGAUCUUCUUUUACACUUGUCUGGAUGUGCUGUGUUCUGCUAACUGGCUUCUGGAGCACUCAAGAAGGUUCUUUGGUCUAUAUUUUGUCUCCAUGAAAGAGUAAAGUCCUGUUGCCUACUAUUUCUCUAUUCUGCUGAUGUCCUAUCAUGGGUAUUAAUUUUGCAUAUUAGCCUUUUUACAUAUAUGCCUGUCAGUGUAGUAACUGCAAUGACUUCUUUUGUAUCUUUUAGUUGUAUCUUUCUGUAACACCCUAGGCUUGUUGGCACCGGGAGAUUCUCCUGUACCAAAGGAGAGUCAUUUGGUACAGUGAUAUGGGAAGAAGUAGAAGCUGUGUCUCUGAGUAUUUCUACUUAAGAAAAUGACGAGGAAGAUGAAGGGGGCAUAAGAAAUGCAGAAAGUAUAUUAUACUGGAUGUAACCAAAAAGAGACAAUUACUUGUAAUGAAAUCCUACUGCUAGAAGAGAUCAAGUAUAGAAAACAUUUGGGGGAAAACCCCUCCUUAAGUCAGUUAUACUUGCAGAACAAUGUCUUUGAAGUAAAAUCCAAAAAUCCAUUUUUAAACCUACACAUUCUCUGGAAGGACAUUUGGAAAUGCAGGAAAAUCACCUCGUCCAUACCAGAAGUAAUUGCUGAAAGCACUUCAAAUAUAAAACUGGAUUAAUUCCACAAAUUUGGCAUUUGAAAAGGAAGAUAAAAAUUCUAAAUACGAUUGAUUUGAGAAGGCCUGUUUGGAGGGUUCAUUAUUCUUCCACCAACGCAUAAUUCCCCGUUUCAAAGUCUCUAAUUUUGAUAAACACGGGGGGGGGGGGGUGGAGAUUAUCCAAACAUCAGUGUUCAAUAGUUAUCAUAUAAUACUAAAUUUGGAGCAAGCAUUUAUGUGCUUUGUUCUAGGAAGGCCUUUAGUGAGGACGGUGUCAUUUGGAUUACUGAGGUGUUAAUAAUGGAGAUAGAACUUACAAAGGCAAUGAGUGUGGGAAAAAUAUGAAUCGAGGGUCAAGUCCUAAUAAACAUCAGAGAACUCCAUCUCCAGAGAACCAGUGUGAAAGUAAAAGCUAUGGAAAAGUCUUCUAUGAAAGCUCAAAUCUUAUUGUACAUUAUAUCCUUACUGCAGAGAAGACUAGCAAAUAUAACACCUCUGGGACAGCUUUUUUUUUUUUUAAUUAAAAAAAAUUGUAUUUUUUUAAUUCACAUCCAAAUUAAUUAGCAUAUAGUGCAACCAUGAUUUCAGGAGUAGAUUCC